AUGGCGGCGACGAAUAAUUCCUCUGAUUCAUUAACGUCAACUAAUACUCCCCACGAUUUUCUAAUUACUUCUAAACUAACAAUUCCUUCUCUACCUCUAGCUGAAAAUUCUGAUUUACAUUCCUUUUAUCAGAAAACGUUUAAAGAACUCGCUAGUUUUCUUAUAUUAAAUACCAGACUUCAUGUUCCUCAAAACCGAAUUUUCACUUUCGUUGAAUUAGAAUUUUAUUUGAAAGAUGAGAAAAAUGAUCAUUGUGAUUCAUAUACUCAUGGUCACGAACAACAAUUGACCCUUGGUGAAUGGUAUUUUCAUCACGUUGGUAAGGUUGGAUAUCGGGGUGGUUCCAGAAAAGGUGUCGAUCUUACUUUUGGAUCUCGUGAGAGAAAUAUAUAUGGUGGUAUUUUGGUAAGAUCUAUCAAAGAUUAUUGGAGUAAUCAGAUAGUUGAAGGUCCAUGUUUAGUCGUAGAAACAAUUUUGGAUAGUUGCGGAUAUAGACAAAAUGGUGGAAUUAAAGAAAUGGUUGAAGUUUGCUGGGAAAAUAAACUUGGAUUUAUAAAAGAUUUACCUAAUUUCAAUGGAAAAGUAUUUCUAACUAUGGAUGAUGAAAAUACAAAAGUCGAGCCACCAGAGCCAGCCAAUACUAGGAGAUGGUAUAAAAGAAGAAAGGUUGAUGAUGUUGAGGUCCCCUUAUCAUAUUAUAAACGAAAAAAAUUGAAAUUACAAGAAGAAGAAAAAAAGGUACAAAAAGAAUUAACUUGGAAUCGAUCUUCUUUCAAUUUAAAAUCAACAUAUGUUGUAUAUGAAUCACCAAGAGUUGGUUUAACACUUUCCAACGCAUUUCCAACUCAUGAAGCUCGAUUAAACUAUAUAUUAAAAUCUUACAGAUUUUUUAUUCUUCCUCAUCUUUUAAGAAAAGGUAAAGCACAAGCGAUUUUAGGAUUACAUGAUCAAUUUAAUGAUAUUGGUAAAGUAGCAGAAAUUUUAAAGGUUAAUCAACAGAUAGUAAUUAAUCAUAUUCAGGAAUUAAGUUGGGGUUUGAAUUUUGCAGGUGAUAUUAAAUCUUUCUUUGGAAAAAAAGAGAAAUCACAAAAUGGGUUGGAAUAUUGUCGAAUGGCUGGGGCGAUUAGAAAGUGGGCAAUGGAAAAUAAAUGA